AUGCCCCCAAGUGCCCGUCUUGCUCACAUUCAACAACUUGUUUCUGCAUCUACAUCCACCGUCCAAGCCUCCCUUUCAUCACCCAACAGUACUCUCCCCCCUAGCAUAACGCUGGAGCGUCACUUGUCCCCUCAAUCUCAGUCCAAUUUGCAAGGCAAAUACCUCAAGCAAUCUCAACGUUCUCAAACGCCAAGCAAGAAAGGUGCACUAUUGGUGGCAUUGAACGCUCAGCAAAGACAAACUUUGGCGCGUGCUCAGCGCGGGCAAGCUUGUAACGCUCAGAAGGCCGCUUGUAAGGCCGCCCAAGGUCUUGAAUCUGGCUAUGAAAGUCUCCCUGACCAAACACAAGCCAAACACACCCACAACUCCCAAGACCUCACCAACCAAGAGGAGACGCUUGCCGACAGCCCAACGCUCCAACAAGUUAUCCGUUUGUACGCGACUGCGCAACUAUUGCGCAAGCUCGAUCACCCUUUGGACCUCCCCACUCAUUUGCCAAGGCUGCCGCCGCCUUUGGUCCACGGUUCUUUGACUGUCAUCUCUUCCUUGCAACCUGUAGCUACUGGCUUGGGGCAUCACAUCACACAUCCGGCUAUUACUAAAAGCAAGUAUAUUAAGCUUCCAUUCUAUGACAUGACAAUUGCUGAUCAAAUAUAUCCAGGGCAAAUGACACGGUCAAUCAACGCAAAUCAAUCAAGGGCCAAGCGCCCUUGGAUCAAACACGCCCUUAGCAAUACCAAGACCAACGUCCCCAAAGCCAAGGACAACCAGUCCUUUCUUGCCCCUACCUCCGCGCAACCUCCUUGGCAAUCUUGCUCCAGCAUCUUUAUUACCUUGUCCCCCUUUGCAUCUCCGCAUUCAUCCCGCCCUCCUAGCCCGCUCUCUCAGCAGGACCCGCAGGUACCCCCGGAAGACACCCAGAUGGUCCCGGAAGAUCUUGAGGUGGACCAGGUCAAUAUCCAGACCAUUCCCAAAACCUCAACCCAACACCCAGUCUUGGAUAUUGCUGGUCCAACAACACGGACCUUGUCCCAGGCCUCGCCCGUCUCCCUAGGCACUCCUACGUCUGAUCCGCCACGUACUCAAGUUGGUCCACGCAUGCAAACCACCUUGAAUGAACAAGAUUCACCCAUCACCACCACCACUGCUAACCGUCUUCAAUCUAGUACCCAAGCCCCUCCGUCUCAGCAUGCACGUGUCACUCAAGUUCAGCCUGCUACAAACAGGUGUUGUUGGAUGUCUCAGCCAGCCCCCCCAACCGGCACUCAGCCUGAGCCUAUCAAUGUUGCAGACGGCCUCCCACCAACUUGCGGUUCUGUUUGA